CUUCUCUGUACCCCCCCCCCCCCGCCUUUUCCUUUUCUCCCACUAUCCUUCUUCGUCUUCGAACCCUAGGGUUUUCUCUUCCUCCUCCUCCUCCUCCUCUCUACUCACUCUUGCUCUAGGCUCUGUCUGUUUGCUAUACUUUACCUCUGUUUCUCUUUCUCUCUCUCUAUAUAUAUAUUUCUGGUUUGCUUUUGGAUCUCAGUAUUCGCUCCGGAGAAAUGGAGUUCGGUGGUGUUCGUAAGAGAGGGAGGUAUGAUGCCGCUUUUAAUGGAAACGGUGGUUUCAAGAAAUCCAAGCAAGAAAUGGAGUCCUUUCCAUCUGGUAUAGGAAGCAAAUCGAAGCCAUGCACAAAGUUUUUCAGCACUUCUGGGUGCCCAUUUGGCGAGGGAUGUCACUUCCUGCAUUAUGUUCCUGGAGGCUUCAAAACUGUAUCACAGAUGCUUAAUCUCGGUGGCAAUGCAGCUAUCCCACCUGCUCCCAGGAAUCCAGUUGUCCCACCGUCGUUUGCAGAUGGUUCUUCUCCAACAACUGUGAAGACCCGCAUGUGUAACAAGUAUAAUACAGCUGAAGGUUGUAAAUUUGGUGAUAAGUGUCAUUUUGCCCAUGGUGAAUGGGAGCUUGGCAAGCCAAGUGGUCCAGCCUAUGAAGACCCUCAUGCCAUGGGACCAGGGCGAAUGGGUGGAAGGAUUGAGCCCCCUCAAGGACAUGGUGCUGCAGCUAGCUUCGGAGCAUCAGCAACUGCGAAGAUUAGUGUUGAUGCCUCUCUUGCCGGAGCAAUCAUUGGGAAAAAUGGUGUCAACUCGAAGCAAAUCUGUCGUGUAACUGGAGCAAAACUCUCCAUAAGAGAGCACGAGACAGAUCCUAAUUUACGGAACAUUGAGCUUGAGGGUACAUUUGAUCAGAUCAAGCAAGCGAGUGCCAUGGUUCGCGAACUCAUUGUCAAUGUCAGUUCAGGUUCCGGAAUGUCCAUGAAGAACCAAAGUAUGCUUGGUUCUGGACCAUCAAACAACUUCAAGACUAAGCUUUGCGAUAACUUCACAAAAGGGUGCUGUACCUUCGGGGACAGGUGCCACUUUGCACAUGGAAUGGAAGAAUUGCGCAAGUCAGGGAUGUGAUUUCGUAUUGUUUUAUUAUUGUUUCUGUUUUAGGGCGAACUCGUGUUUACUAGCUUCUUAUUUGGCGUGUGGAUAAUGAGUUUUGUUUCUCAUAUCUAACAGAUUGCAGUUUCUUCGGAAGUUCUCCUAGUAUUCUUUAUUAGAAUAUUUCAUCAUUUUGGUCAUUGUUGAAUAGAUGGUUCAUGUUCUGGUUAUGGCCCUACGCCUGUGUAUUGUGCCUUCUAAUUGCAUUGAACUUGGGGAUGUUUACUGUGGUGCCGAUAUAAUUUAGUGGCAGAGUGUCAUUUUGA